GUCUAUAACUUCGUGUCAUUGUGGACACAAGUAAUCCAGGAAUAAUGCCACACCAUCAGAAUCUUGUUUUUAUGACUCUUGUAGUCUUUGGGAUUGUACUGAUUGGGUUCAUUUACAUAAGCACCAACCAGAACAGUUGCAAACAACAGAUGAUAGAAAAAGUAUUCAGAAAGUCAGAAGAGAAGCUUGAGAACUUUGGAUUGCGCUCAUCUCCGGGGUUUCUGUACAACCAACCCAGCGCCUUGAUAGGUCGGACAGAUGUUGUCUCUAUGACACCAUGGUUAUCCCCAAUCAUUUGGGAAGGAACCUUUGACCCAACACUGAUUGAUUCUAUCUACAAACAACAUAAUCUCACCAUAGCGACCACUGUCUUCGCUUUGGGAAAAUACACACGUUUCCUCAAAGAUUUUCUGGAGUCAGCGGAGGAGCAUUACUUUGUUGGAUUUCGAGUGCAUUACUACUUGUUUACGGAUCAACCAGAAGCAGUUCCUGAAGUAAAGAUGGGUGAAAAUCAUCAUUUGACAGUUCGGAGGGUUCCGAGUUUGGACCGAUGGCAGGACAUAAGUAUGGGCAGGAUGGAAAUACUUGAAAAACUAAUAAAGAACGAACUGGCCAAUGAAGCUGACUAUAUUUUUUGCCUGGACGUGGAUACAAAGUUCUAUGGCCGCUGGGGGGCGGAGUCUUUGGGUCGCCUGGUCGCUGUGAUACAUCCUUGGUUCUUUGAUUAUCCAAGAGAUCAGUUCUCAUAUGAGCGUAGACCAGAGUCUCAGGCAUUCAUUCCAGCUGGGGAAGGUGAUUAUUAUUACACUGCUGCUGCAUUUGGUGGCUCAUUGGAUGAUGUACAUCAUCUCACCAAAACCUGCUGGGAACAGCUGAACAUUGAUGCUGCAAACUCCAUUGAGGCGAUAUGGCACGAGGAGUCUCACUUGAACAAGUAUUUCCUUUAUAACAAACCCAGUAAACUUCUCUCUCCUGAAUAUCUGUGGCGGGACAUCAAUGCUGGUGUGGGCCAAGUGAAAAUAAUUCGCUUCUCUCAUGUAGCUAAAAACAAUGCAGAAGUUCGCCCAAACGUGUAGCAGCUGUUGCCAGCAUUCAGCUGACAUGCUGUGUUCUCAAUGGCCUACCGAAAGACAUUGAGAAUCUCAAGUCUUGCCACAAGUAAUAGUGAUAUGAGGGAAGUUGAUUUCUGCCACCAAUAUCGACAUGAGCAUAAUGUUGGUAUGUGGCACCAUGAACAAAAUCUGCCUAAAUCUUGUUGAACUGAUAUAAACGUAUCUUUCUACAGAACUCUUCAGUUUAUUGUGCAAUCAAAAAAAAAAUCAAA